UCCAACACUGUGUUUGUUUUGAUUUAUUGCCUUCUGACAUGGCGCCGCGAUCCCACAAUGCACUGCGGCGUGACGUCAACUCCAAAGCCCUAUAAGGAAGUACAGCGAGAACGUCUCCGGGGCUGAGCUAGCUAUAUUUUUUAGUUAAAUAGAAGUUUAGGCAUAUUGUCAUCAAACAUUAAACAGUGGCUCUGCCGAGCUUGAUUCCUUAGUGUGUGCCAGCAGAUGGAGGAGUGGAUAUUUAGUGAGCUGUAGAGUGAACAUGAGUACGAGCUACCCCACGCCGCUUUAUUCCCACGCUGGACGAGGAGACUUCCAAGAGGUCUACGAGCCGGCGGAGGACUCCUUCCUCCUGAUUGAUGCUCUGGAGAAAGAUGCAGACCGGCUACAGCGGAUGAGCCCGUGUGUAUGUUUGGAGGUGGGCAGUGGCUCAGGAGUGGUGUCUGCAUUCCUGGCGUCGGUGGUGGGACCUUCGGCUUUAUAUAUUUGCACUGAUGUGAAUCCUGCAGCAGCACAAUGCACAGCAGAGACUGCUUCCUGUAACAGGGUGUCCCUGCAGCCGGUGAUCACAGACCUGGCUGACUCUCUUCUCCCCCAGCUGUGUGGGAAAGUGGACAUACUCCUCUUUAACCCUCCCUACGUGGUUACGCCUUCAGAAGAGGUGCUCAGCAAGGUUAAUGAAGUUCAGGCAUGGUGCAUUAACCCCCACAGUUACUCAGUGGGUUUUAUUUUUCAGGUGGGCAGCACAGGCAUCGAAGCCGCCUGGGCUGGAGGGGAGAGAGGGCGAGAGGUGACCGACAGAUUUCUGCCAGCUGUGGUGCAGCUGCUGUCCGAUAAAGGGCUGUUUUACCUCAUCACAAUUGCUGAGAAUGAUCCAGAGGAGAUCAUCCACCUACUGGGCCAAAGUGGCUUGAAGGGAGAGUCGUAUUUGUCUACAAGAGCGAGAAACGAGAGGCUGUCCGUCCUGCGUUUCCACAGGAACCAACAAACAUGACCUCCUUGGACAUGUUUAUCCAGGGUGCAUUUCUUUUAGCCCCUGAGGUAGAAUUCAACAAGAGCAAAUCAUGGACAACUGGACAGCUGUUGAAUCUCGGGAGGACGAACAGCAUGGGAAAACUGCAAGGAAUUGGAUCAAAGGAUAUUUGUAAUCCAAGCUGGCUACAUGGAAGGACAUUUAGGACUCUGGACAAAAAACAGCCACUAUCAAAAAUACACGAUUGAAAUCCUUAUAAUUGACUGUUUGCAUUCAACCACAGUUUUUAUUAUCAAGUCACCAAUGACAACAUUCAAAACCUCAUAAUCAAGCAUUCAGAUACUGUAACAAGAAGGCUCAUCAUGCUAAAUCUGAGUCGAGUGCAAAUCUACAAGGUAUAAGUGGAAUGUAGUUAAUGCAGUCAUUUCUUAUGUUUUUUUCCCCAAAAGCUUUAAGUGACCCUACAGCACAUGAUGAUGUGUACAAAAGUCAGCUGAAGACUUUUUAAAAAGUAAACAUUUUUUCUACUCAUCA